AACAAAAGCCACGGUGCCGUGACGCGCGCGCGCGCGCGCCCGCGCAUCGCUAUGCUUUGCACCCCUCGAUCACGAUUUUUUUUUCUCGCUCCCUGCUCCACCUCCCCUUCCCUCUUUUAAAAGGCUCAAUUGAAUUCCCGCUGGGUGACUUCUACGUCGCGCUCUCUUCCUUUCUUUUCGCGGGACUCAAUUCUUAUCAGCCCUCUCCCAUUCACUCGAAGUGGUAUUUGUUUGUUUGUUUGUUUGUUGCCCGUGACGGGAGAAGAGUACCGGAGGGCGGUUGUGAGAGCGGGCGCGACUUGUGGUGUGUGGCGCUUGUUCCCCGCACAUGCACGGCGGACAGAAGCAACCGCGGGCGGGAUAUUCCCUACUUCCCUCUCCUCCGCCCACGUUCCUCCUCGCUCACCCCCCCCCCCCCCCCGCAGAGCAAGAUGUUCAUCUGCCGCAGCCAAGUGUAAAAGCGCAGUGCCACCUCCUACAGGUCCCCUGCUCACGGGAGGUCACUUGAGCGAACCCGCGGCUGGCCCCGAACGAACGGCGGCGGUUCCUGCAUCGAAGCCCGCGUUCCAGUCUCACCCGCACGGCUACAUUGACCACAUCACGAGGUCGCGCUAUAGACGGCUUCGAGAUCGGUCCGCAGGGCGCCCUGAACCACGGCGACGCCCAAUCUGUGCGCGCAGUGUGACCUACAGAGAGCCCUGGUCGCCAACGAACGUGCCGCGUACACUCGGCCCGAGCGUCGACCGAGCGAUCUCCUCCCGUCGUCACAACAGCGAUCGACGACGCCGCCUACGCACGUUUCGCAACGCGCUUUGACGUCGCGCUGCUGGCACGCUGACAAUCGGCGGCUCGUUCGGCGAACCGGGAACGGCGCGUCGCUUCUUCACGACUUGUGCAGUCCAGCGCGCGCGCGUCAAGUGCGAGCGAAGAGGUGAAACAAGAGGAAGCCGCCAUCGCAGCCGCCUAAGGCGCCUCAGCGAGCGUGUGCUUUGACCCCGCGCCACCUUGCUGGAUGGACACACCCGCGGAGACCAGUGACCCCGUCGAGUGAAAGCCACGUCGAAGUUGACCAACCCGCCAGAGACUUUCACAAGGACAUCGAGUGUGGGACUUCAUAAACCAGGCGCUCGGUUGCAUUGGCGCGUUUUGACCGAGGCCAGUGGCCUGCGUCGUAUCUUCGACCAGAGAUCAACGGCGUGCACAACAAAGACGACCACAGGCUAACUACUGGAGUGCCUCCCUCAAGCGGUCGGUUGCAGAGGGCACGAUACAGCAUGACGCCGCGGACUCGCCUGCUCGUUCAUCUGCUGGCGCUCGCCGCCUAUAUUUCCGAGGCUCGAGCCUCCGAUAACCACGCGCUGCUGGACCGGCUGCAAGAGGUGCUGGACUCUCCGGUGAGUCGUAUCGGGGCCCGCUGCCGGAACGACACGCUCUUCUACCUGGACCGCCUGAGGAACGGCUCGCCGUGGGCUCUCAAGAUGUUCGACAGUACAGCCAAACCCGAGAGCGGUGUGCUGACCGGAGGCCUGACCUUCCUGGGCUACUACUCGGAGUGCAUCGCGGCGCUGCAGCCAGCACGCCGCACGGCCACUUCCAACGAGUCACAGGUACCGCCGUUCACCAGCACCUACUGCCUGGCCACCGUCAGCUUCGCAAACGCCCAGCGGUGGCCUCCCAAGGGAUUUCCAGAGUACCUGUGGAAUGAACUUCACGGCAAUAGCCUGCGGUUCGGACUCUGCGUACCGUCUACCUGUGGAGAGAAGGAGAUCACAGAGCUGGCCGCCGAGUUCGUUCAGGCAUUUGACCGAGGCGUAAACGCGACCUCUACGGCCUGCUCGCCCAGCCAGGAGCCCUACAUUUCCAACGUUCCAGCACUUUCAGUCACGUGCGUCCUCCUGCUGUUCGUCGCCAUGGCGUUCGUGGGCACGGCGUAUGACGUGGCGCGGUCCUUUCGCUCGUCCCACAAGAAGCCUUCGUCCUCUCGAAGCGUGGACACCACCAUGGCUUCCAAUGAAGGCCUCGUCAGUGGAGGAUCUAUGGGGGAUGGUGGGACCACCUUCAGCCGCAUAGUUCUCGCCUUCUCCGUGCUCGAGAAUGGGGCCAAGAUCUUCAGCACGAGCGGAACGAAGCAGUUCAUCCAGGUUAUCCACGGGCUCCGUUUCUUCAGCAUGGCCUGGAUUAUCUUGGGCCACUCGUUCUCCUUUUCCAAGCAGUGGGUCACCUAUCGGAAUAUGGACGACCUGCUAGUCAUUCACAAGGACAUCAUAACCCAAGGCCUUGCCAAUGGUACCGUGACUGUGGAUACGUUUUUCUUCAUCAGUGGCCUUCUGGUUGUGUACGUGACAUUAAACCAGUUGGCGUCAACUGGCGGAACUAAUCGCUGGUAUUUCUUCUACCUCCACAGGUACUGGAGGAUGACGCCGCUGAUGAUGACUGUGAUCGCUUUCUGCGCCGUGCUGUUGCCAUACUGCGGUGAUGGACCACGCUGGAAGGAGUCCAUCGCCACCUACGACCUGACCUGCAAGGCCAACUGGUGGGUCAACGCCAUGUACCUGCAAAACUUCAUUCACCGGACGAACAUGUGCCUCAACCACACCUGGUACUCGGCUGUGGACUUCCAGUUUUACUUCAUAUCGCCGGCCAUAAUCGUCGCUCUCUACAGGAAGCCAAGACUGGGCCUGUUGCUGAUCGCUGUGCUGCUGCUGGGAACGACGAGCUUCACAGCUGUCUACACCGCCAUCUACGACUAUCCAGCAGCGCCGUACAUGUCGGACAUAACGCCCCUGGAUAAGAUGAACGACUUUAUGGGCUACGUGUACGUGAAGCCGUACUGCCGUAUGGGUCCAUUCCUUGUCGGCAUGGCAACCGGUUACGCUCUUCACCGCACCCAGGGGUCAAGCAUCAUCAGAAAGCGCUACGUGUGGCUGGGGUGGACGGCCUGCGCGUUCAUGAUGCUGGGCGUGCUGUACGCCAUGUGGCCCGCCAACACCGGCGAGUCGAAGCCCUCCGUCGCUUGGGCGGCCGUCUACGGUGGCUUCGCUCGCUCCAUCUGGGCUCUCGGCCUCGCGUGGAUCAUCUUUGCCUCAGUCGCCGGCUAUGGAGGUGUGGUGAGCAAAAUUCUGUCGUGGAAAGCACUGGUGCCCCUGAGCCGGUUAACCUUCUGCGCGUACAUCAUUCACCCGGUGCUGAUGGUCAUCUUUUACGGCUCGAGGGAAGAGAGCUUCGACUACUCUUCGUACCUGCUGAUCUACUUCGCCAUCGGAAACAUCGUCCUAACGUACAUGGCUUCCCUAGUCUUGAGCCUCGUCUUCGAGGCGCCUAUCAUCGGGCUGGAGAGAGUGCUGCUGAACAGGAAAUGAGGCGGGUCUCCGGUCGCACAAACCAGUGCCUCGACAACGACGUAGGCGCCAGCGCAAGCACUGGAGCACGCACCGGGGCCGUUCACUGUGAUACGCGCACCGUAGACUUCGUGAUCGACAGAUGAACUAACAUGCUGGCUAGCGCCACGCUGUGCAAUUCUUGUGAACGCUGUUGACGCGAGCGGCGCUGCAGCCUGCGUUAUUCACGUGUGGACAAUGGAGCUUGGCUUAGCGGCUGCGUUACACGGAAACGACCACUGUGACAGGUGCUGCCUCAAUGAAAUGAAUGCUUGUGUGUGGAACGCUAGUGUGUCUACGUGUGAAGACAGCCCCAAGCGAGCGCUUGAUUCCAAUGCAAAUCAAAAUGGCGGUGUUCUCGAAGGAGUACGUGGCACUUCAUUUAGUGAUGUUGCAUCUAGACAAGAUGACUUCUAGUUACUUAUACCUGGUUUUCUUUGGCAGAAAAUCAUUGCUUCAACUCGAUGCUCCGCAGCUUUGUUAAAUGUCGCUGUAGCGUGAUUUCGUCUGAAGCUAUCACAGAUGUAAGAGCUAACUGCUCCAGGAUUUAUUUCCUUCACCUAAGGUAACGCAUCUCUACGUGAAGUGUCGGACCUGCUUGGCCUCUUGUAGCUUUCAAGUGUUAUUGUAGCACCUUCGCCUCGUCAGAAAAAGGAAAAUUGUCCUCCACCCGACAUUAACACGAAGAUGCACGGCGAAGCUCUACCUUCCCUUCGCCAUGGUGUGUGCGUUGGUCAAGCAGGAGAGACUUGAGCUCAUCAACAGUCGUUUUACGUUGUGCAAAAAGUUGUUCCACACAAUGGACGUCUUGACGCUGUCAUUUUACACGACGCAAGAGUUGUUUCAUUUUUGUUUCGAAUGGGCAUUGAGUGUGUUCGUGUGUUCGCGAUUCUCUCUGAUGUUUCCUUUAAAGACGUACGGAAAGAUAAAACCUCACCAAACGACGUAACCGCUACUAAACGCUCUGCAAACACCGAGGACCUGAGUGAAUGCACCUACGUGCAACAAACUCGAGUGGAAGUCGUAAUAAUGUCACUGGAGUAAAAUCAAAACAAAUGUACUGUCUAAUUGAACAGUGCGACAAAAGUUGGGGCACUGCGUCUCUCACAAACGUGUAGUUACCGCUUACCUUUGAAGCAAAUUACCUCCUGAAAGAAGAGCCUUGUAUAUGAGAAAGUGCGAGCCAUGUGGCGACUUUACUGAGUGUUCAAAGUGCAGUACAAAGUUAUGCUUCACAAAUAUAUUUAAGUUUAUUGCGCAGUUGCUCCUAUUUCUGCGCUUAUUCCCUGUGUAAUCUUAUAUGACCUGAUGUACUUAAGCCUUUUUUUGUUUACAUGUCAUAUCGCUUACAAAAAUGUUGUACUUGCCUAGGAAAAUGCACUACCUCCGCGGUACAAAAAUAUCCGAAGACACCUAAGCACAUCUUACGUGUUGUAAAUGCGAAAGUAGACAUGUCCGUUUGAACGCCGCGGAAUGGUCCUUCGAGUUACGAACUCCUCACGGGCAAGCGAGCAGGUUGAGACGUUUGGUCAACGCCUGCUAGAUAGCACAAGACCGACGCACUUCGAUCCGGGACGUCAGGCUGCCUUCCCCGACUGUCAUAGAAUCUAAUGGGGAGGCUCCCGAGUACACACCUAAAAAAGUUUGCACCAUUUGGGGCUUGUCUUGUCCCACAAUGAUAAUCGUCAUCUGCCUUGCCCGCAUUUCCUUUCUUCAACGCAGCGAGCCCAGUACUUCCUCGUCACGAACGCCAUGCGCGUUAUCGUCGUGACAUAGCACUCCCGACCGGAAAGUAGCGAGCGCUGAAUUUUCAAGAAAGGAAACGCAAGCAAUGUAAAUGACGAUUGUUGCUGUGGAACAAGUGCCAAAGGGCAUUAACUUAAGAGUGCAAGUCACGGCGAUUUUGACGUCACCGCUUCGUCACGCGGGGCUUGGCAAUGGAAAUGACGAGCCCAGUAGGAAGACGUCACGAAUCAGAACGCAUAGGCCUGCUAUUUAGGAGGCGCUGCUUUAGCCCAUUGGGUGAGACACUCUACUUCUGAGCGUGGGGUCGUAGGUUCGAAGCUCACUACCGGCACUCACUCAUUUCGAAUUUGUUGUGUUUUUUGUACAUUAAUUUUUUUAUUACAAUUACCUAGACGAAUUAGAACGCAGGCGAGAGCUUGCGCGGACAAGGAGCGCGCGGAUAACAUAGGCUUCCGAGAACGACGGUGACGUGGCGUUGCGCCGAUGCCCUCUCCCAUCGCGCAACACCUGGCGCGCCAGUGCGUCAGCAGGUGUCCUCUUUCUUUCACUCUGCUCCGUCGAGGCGCAGACGUGACGUGGCAGCUAAUCCAAUGCAAAUUUAAGUGCCGUUUCGCUGCUAGAGGUUUCGCUCAAUGGGUCAUUUGAUGCUUUCGAGUCAAAAAUGUAAUCAUAAAGGGAAUCUUUGAGGCAAGAUCACACACACAAUUUCUUGCGAGUGUUGCUCCUGCAUAAACGUAGAAGUUGUCUGUUCUUGUUUUUACUUUGCCAACUGCGUUUGGAACUUAUCUUGUUGAGAACUUCCAGCUCUGCUUUUCAUCGCCGUCAAAGCUUGUAGUUUGACGCCAUAGCUCAUGAUUCAUACAUUGUUGUUCUUGUUGCUCAUCUAUGCAAGCACCUUCAUCGUCUCUUAGAGCAAGCAGCUAUUAAUAUAGGCAUGCGUGCGUAAAGCACUCAAAUAAAGCGAAAGUAUGCGAAA